AAUUUAAUAAAGCAAUUAGGUAUUAGAAUAUUCUAAUGAACCUUAUAUUCUAAAUAAUUUUAAGAGUUUUAAAAAUUUUUUGCUUUGAUUUUAGUUUUCUAUUCUUAAUUAAAUAUAAAUAUUCAAAAUCUAAAAAAAUUCAUUUAUUUUAUAAACAGACUCUAAAAGAAUUUAAAUAAUUAGCAUUUAUAAUGGAUAAUCAAAAUUUAAAAACGUUAGUUAAGGCUGGAGUUGGUGGAAUCUCUCUUCUUGGAAUAGGACUUUUGGCAUUGCGUCAAUUUUAAGAAAAGCUGAUUUAUAUACCAACUUUUGGGGGAAUGCCUAAAUCACCUAAAGAUAAUCCCUUCGGAGAUAGAACACCAAGAGAUAUGAAUUUAGCUUACGAAGAUGUUUCAACAGUAACAAAGGAUAAUGUAACUCUGAGAGGAUGGCUGAUUAAGCAAAAAGAUCAUAUGAAUAAACCUACAGUAGUUUUUUUCCAUGAGAAUGCUGGAAAUAUUGGCUUAAGAUUAUAUUAUUUCUAAAAGUAUAUGAAGCAUACAGGUGUAAACAUUUUAGCAUUCGCAUACAGAGGAUAUAGCGAUUCUGAUGACGCUCCUAUUGAUGAACCUGGACUCCAAAAGGAUAGCUUAGCUAUUAUUGAAUAUGCUUUUAGAUCUGGAAAAAUUAAUCCAAAUAAUGUCUUUUUCCAUGGAAGAAGUCUUGGCGGAGCUGUUUUGACUUAUGGCUUAACCCACUCACUAGAAAAUAAACCUAAUGGUAUAAUACUAGAAAAUACUUUUACCUCAUUAGAUGACAUGGUUGAUGUAGUCUUUAGGCCUGUUUCUAUCUUUAAAAGAUUAAUUUUAAAAAACCACUGGCCUACUAUAAAUUAAAUGUCUAAAGUAUAAGUUCCAGCGUUAUUUAUAAAAUCUAAUAAAGAUGAGUUGGUUCCAGCAAGCUAAAUGUAACAGUUGUUUGAUAAAUGUCAUAGUCCUAAUAAACAUUUAUAUGUCAUUGAAAAUGGAACUCAUAAUGACAAUUGGACACUUGAUAUCUUAGAUUAUUUCAAGCAUGUUCAUGAAUUUAUUAAUAAAUACUCCAAUUUAUGAUUCAACUAUGAUUAUUUAAACCUAAGAGUAAAUAAAAAUUAAAUUAAAUUUAUAUAAGUUAGAGUUUUAAUUAUCUUAUGAUGCUAUCCAUCCUAUCUUACUUUAUUCAAUUUUUAAUUUUUAAUAACUUAAUAAAAUAUCAAAAUUUUAUUUCAAGUAUCCAUGAAUUGAUUCAUAAACAAACACUCUCAUUUAUGAUUAAAUUAUAAUUAUUUUAACUAAAAAUAAAUAAAUAAAAUUAUGUUUAAAUAGUUAAGAGUUAAUUUCACACAUAUUACGAUAUAUUAUUUAUAUUCGAUUUUUAAUUUUAAUAUUGUAACUUAUAUAAAUUAUCAAAUUAUCAAAUUAAUUGAGUUAAUCACGAAGAUUGUUUCAAUAAAGCAUAUCA